AUGCACUACCGAAGUAUAACUGUGGGACUGCACUCGCAAUUCGAUAUCGAAACGCUGCCUGAAUACCGCCCCGACCACCAUAGCAUUUUUGACUCUACCCUGCAAUACAUCGAGGACAGGACGUCAACAUGCAGCGUCUACUUUCCAGCCUUACCCGGCAGCACGUUUUGGAUCGGAUACUCCGUGUCACCGCCAGUGCCCGAAGGACACUACUUCCUCUUUAAGCUGUACAUCAAUGGCGCACACAUGGUAAGCUGGUCGACAGGCAAAGAAGAGGAGUGGCAGGGCAAGACUAUGUUUGGUCUAUUUGAAAGCCCUGAGGACGAACAUGGCAAGAGAAGGGUCGAGAAACGAGUGCUGUGCUUUGCAGCAAAAGACGCUGUGGACGUGUUCGACGACACCGCGCGCAUCGAGAUACGAGUACAUCGUGCAGACAAAAGGAAGCGAGUCGAACGACAGGCAGAGGAAUACAAUAACACAGAGCAUGCGAAGAAUGGCAAGGGAAUAAGCCUCGUUAACGCUGGGCGCGCAGGACCGGAGCAACCAAAGCGCUUUUACAAAUUUGCCCUAAUCGAUCCGAUCGACCAGCCCUUCGCGACGUUCAGGUACUAUUACCGUAGCUGGGACCAGUUGCGAGGAUUGGGAUUACUUGACCAACACGUCAGUGGCGCCGGCGAGGAUAACGACCUUCCUGUGAUAGAGCCUCGAGAAGAUGAUAUUAACGAAGCCAAGGAGGGUACCAGAGCCUGUAGCGUUGUCAGCAAAGAUUUGGGGAGCGUAUGCCAGGACUGCAGUGACAACUUGAAGGGACGAGCCGCUAGUGCUGCAGAUACACGAGCGCAGAGCCAAAACCCCCAUAGUCCUAUGCGAUCUACAUCAGCGAGGGCGCGAAACCCCUUGACUCGAAAGGCGUCGAUACGUCAAGUGAGCGAUACAGAACAAUCGCGCGCCUAUGUUCCAUGCGGCGCACCCGGAUUGAAUAAGGAAGCAUCUGUUGAGCAUGUAAGCAGGCAAAUGCAACAGCGCGAUAGCUUCAUUCGUACACCAAGGUACUUUUACCGGCUCUCGAUACCACCAUCCAUCAAAGUCAGACGUUCAGAACCAGCUUCGCGACCUCUACCUACACUUCCCACCAAGCACGAUUUCGAGGCUUCCACAUCAUACUGCCCUCACCCAGCGUACCCUGUAGAUGACUGGACUGUACGUACUCUCAGUCCGGUCAAGUCAGUUCGAGACGGCAUAUCCACUCCUCCACCGGGUAGACGCAAGGAACAGGGCCGCUCGACUUCUGCAUUGAUGAGUGCAAUCACAUCUGCAUGGAAACGUCGAGGUACACAGACACCGGAUGGAACGAUAGCGACAGAAGGUACAGAAAAUGCGCGAAGCUUGCCGUGA